CGAUGUUUAUAUUGUCUCUCAUUGACACUCGAGCGAAUUCAUGUUCGUCCACUUUGGCGGUGGUAAUAAUUCUUUUUAAAAAAUGUCCCCAACAGUUCCCAAUGUAAGUCUCGGGAAUGGAUACUCCAUUCCCGGACUAGGAUAUGGGACAUAUUUGGCAAAAGAAGGACAAGGGGUUGACCUUGUGAAAAAGGCAAUCGAUGCAGGGUACCGACAUAUCGACACAGCGUUUCUGUAUGAAAACGAAGUGGAAGUCGGAGAAGCGAUCCGUGCAAAAAUAGCCGAAGGGGUAAUCAAGCGUGAAGAUGUUUUUGUCACCUCUAAGUUAUGGAACACAUUCCACCACCCGGACCACGUGGCAGAUGCUUUCCAACGGUCAUUUGAUAUGCUCAACAUCGAGUACAUCGACUUGUAUUUGAUGCACUCACCGAUGGGACUUGCCUUUCAAGGAUACGAAUACUCGAAUAUGCAGCCAAAGGAUGCUGCUGGCAAUGCGCUCUUCUCCGAUGUCGAUUAUGUUGAAACAUGGAAAGCGCUGGAAAAGUUAGUGAAAGACGGAAAGGUUCGUAGUAUUGGCCUGUCGAAUUUUAACAGCGAACAAAUCCAGCGAAUCCUGGACGUUGCCGAGAUCAAACCGGUCAACAAUCAAAUUGAGGUGAACCCUGGCUGGAAUCAGAAAAAGUUGAUCGAGUUCUGCAAGAGCCGUGACAUAACUGUGACGGCAUUUGGCCCAAUGGGAAGACCGCACCGAACCACCUACGGGAACAAAACGGCUUUGGGAGAUCCAAGAGUGUUGGAAAUUGGACAAAAGUAUGGUAAAACCGACGGACAAGUAAUUUUGCGAUAUCUGGUUCAAUUAGGCACGAUUCCAAUUCCUUACUCGACCAAGGUGGAACGAAUCCGGCAGAAUAUUGACGUGUUCGAUUUCAGUUUGAAUGAUGAGGAAAUGCAAUACAUGGAUACUUUUCAGUCGGAACGAACAUUACCAUUUCCACCGUUGAAGAAACACAAAUACUAUCCAUUUGAUUUGGAAUUUUAAAAUUUUUCUUAGAAAAUAAAUUUUCUCAAUCAUUAAA